AUGCACCUGGAGAUGGAACGUACGCUGAAGCGAGUCCAGGAGGGGAUUGACGAGUUCCAGUCCACGUGGCAGAAGAUGGACGAGGCCACUGAUGUGACGAAGAAGGAGAAGUUCGAGGGGGAGCUGAAGAAAGAGCUCAAGCGCCUCCAACGUGUGCGCGACCAGAUCCGGUCAUGGCUGUCAACGAGCGAGGCGAAGGCGCAUCUGGAGGAGCUGGAGGCGGCGCGGCGACAGAUAGAGGUGGAGAUGGAGCGGUUCAAGCAGUGCGAGAAGGCCAGCAAGAUCAAGGCCUUCUCCAAGGAAGGACUUGUGCAACAGCCCCGGAAGGACCCAUCGGAGAAGGCAAAAGUGGAGGCAGCUGCGUUUCUGAAGAAGUCAAUGGAUUCUCUGCAGGUGCAGAUCGAUGAGUACGAGGCGGAGAUUGAAACCAUAUCAGGCGGCAAGACGGGGAAGAAGCUCAACGCCAAGGUGCUGGAGCUGGAAGGCCACGUCACCAAGCAUGGCUGGCACAAGACCAAGUUGGAUCAGGUGCUGCGGCUGUUGGAGAACGAGGAGAUCGCGCCAGAGGACGUGGAAGCACUCAAGGAGAGCAUCUCCUGGUACCUCGACAUGCACCAGGACGAGGACUACAUGGCAGACGAUGCGCUGUACGAUGACAUGCCUUUCCACAAGCUCUUUGGCAAGCUCAACGACGACUCCGCCGCCUUCUCCACCAGUUCCCGCACGCCCACGGCGUCUAUGAGUCCACACACCUCGGCCUCCUCCUCGCCCUUCUCCUCCACCCACGACUCCCCACCCAAGGUGCCCGUUUCCCCCACCCCCCACUCCUGCUCCUUCUCAAUUACUCUUAAUUCUCAAGAACAACUUCCCGCUCAUUCUUGUCCCGUUCCGAAGCUGAAUCUGGUUGCCGUGUUUCUUUUCCCUGCAAACCGCCCGUGUGCAGAAGCAUCCAUUGCAAAGGCCGUCCAGGCGGAGAAACCAGUGGUGGUGGGGGAUGAAGCGGAGGGGAAGGAAGCUGCCACGGGCGCACGGGACGCAGGGAGAAGGAAGGCAGGGAGAUUAGGAGUCGAGAGUAGCGCAAUGCUGGAUAAGAGUAGCAGCAGCGCUGGUAGUCUGAUGGGGAAAGUAGGUGGCAGUGUUGGUGGGAGUAGUCUGGUGGGGAAGAGCGUAGAGAAGGCACAGGCGGGUGGGGGUGGGGAGAGGGAGGAGCGGCGGGAGAAGGAGGCGGGAGGGGCGGUGGGGAGGGGGGACAUGGGUGGGAGCAUUGCGUUUCUGCGCUCGCUCACGUCCAUCCGCUCUGCUGCACUCGCUGCUGCUGCCGCUGCCUCGGACUCCUCUGGGGCUGCUGCAGCUGGUGCUGGUGCUGCUGGUGCUGGUGCUGCGGGUGUGGGAAGGAGCGGCGGGUUGUUGCAGCAGGAGAGGGGGCAGGGAGCAGCACCCGCACCUGCACCCGCUCCUGGGAAGGACCGGCUCACUAAAACAACCGUCGCUGCUGCUGCCACUGCCGCUGCUGCAGGUGCUGCUGCGGCUGCUGCUGCUGCUGUGGUUGGAGGAGGUGUGCAUGGCAAGGGCGCUGGUGCAGAGGGUGGGGCGGAGGGCAGCAGCAGUAGCGUUCAUGCGCGCACUCAAGAUACCCCCGCCCUCCCCUCGGAGCUGCUGCUGUCCAGACCUUCGUCUGCUGGCCCGUCCAGCCCUGGAGCAGCUGAAGGCAAGCAUUCAUCGCUGCUGCUGCGGCGAGCAGCGUCUGCAAUCACAGUGGACUUACCCGUCCUCCCAGACUCCCUAGACUCCCUUGCUGCUGAACCCCCAAACCCCAUUGAGGCUGCUGCUACUGGCGUCGCCACUGCAUACCUCCCCACCUCCGCCCCCGUUCUCCCCCCACCGGCAGCCGCGUCAGGGGGAACGCUCACCUCCCAGGGCGCCCCACUAACCCCUAAUACGAUCAGGGGAGCUGGGGCAGGUGGGGCGUUUCCCUCAGGGGCUUUGGAUGGGCGGCAGCAGGGGGCAUGGGCAGCUGGAGUAGCAGGGGCAGGGCAGCACGGAGUGGCGCUGCUGGGAGGUGGGCAUUCGUCACUGGUUCAACCGGGAAGGAUGAGUAGAGGGAUGAGCCAGAAUGACCUUCAGGGUGUCGCUUCUGCUCCUGCUGCUAUUGCUGCUGCUGCUGCUGCUGCUGCUGCUGCUGCUGCUGGCGGUGUUGGUGGUGGUGCAGCUGCAGCUGCUGGUGCACCGCUGGGGGCGGCAGCAGGGGCGUGGCAGAGAGCGCCUGCAGACAUGCCUGCUGCGCUGCAGCAGGUGCCUCCCAGCCUUUCGCGAGUGCUGAUGCAGAAGCUGCAGCACCAGCACCUCAUGCAGCAGCAUGCUGCACUGCCGCUCCUCGCUCAGCAGCAACAGCAGGCGCAGCAGGUGCAGCAGCAGCAGGCGCUGUUACGGCAGUUGCCAGUGCACCCGGGGGCCCAGGGAGGUGUGCUGCCAUCGCUGCAGCAGAGCCUGCUGGCUCAGCAGGCGCAGCAGAUGGCUCUUGCCUCUCACAAGCUGCAGCAGCAGCAGCAGCAGCAGCAGCAGCAGCAGCAGCAGCAGCUGGCGCAGCAGCAGCAGCAGCAGCAGCUGGCGCAGCAGCAGCAGGAGAGGGUGCAGGCGCAGCAGAUGUUCCAGUCGUCCCAGCUGGUGCAGCCACAGCAGGUGCGGGCACCAGUGCAGGCCAACCAGGCACCGCAACCCCUCCCACUGCUCCCCAACCACCCCUCCCUCACCGCACUUGACCGCACCCAAUCCAUGCCCGUGACGGGGCUGUCACAGGCUCCGCCCCCUGCCCCUAUGCGGCCUCCCUCUGCAUGGGGUGUUCCGUUGGGGGGCAGUGGUGGGCCUGCCCCCUCCCCCUCGCCAUCCCCCUCCCCUUCCCUGUCCCCGUCCCCAUCACUGUUGCAAGCCACGUCGCUGGCUGCUGCAGCAUCAGUGGCGGCAGCAGCAGGGGCAGCUGCUGGGGGCCAUCCGGGUGGGAUGCCUCCUGCUGCUGCUGCUGCUAGUGCUGCUGGUGCUGCUGCUGCCUUUCGUGCUGCUGCUGCAGGUGCACAGAUGCAACCAGUGUGGGGCAGAGCAGGAGGAGCAGGAGGAGGAGUAGGAGCAGCAGCAGGAGGAGGAAGAGCAGCACUGCCACAAGCUCCAGGCACAGCAGCAGCGGCAGCAGGAGGGGGAGGGGUUGUGAGUGCAGGGGCGGGUGGAGUGGGGGGUCCCACGGCACGAACACCCUCUCCAGCAUGGGGGGUGGAGCGGCGGCGGGAGGAGGAGCGGAGUGCGCUGCUGUGUGGGUUCCAGCAGAUGCGCGACCAUGGCAUGGAUGACCGCGUGCUCACGAGCAGUGCACCGAGUGCAGUGGUGCGGCCGGUGCGCCCGUGUGAGGUGCCAGCCAUGUGGCCGCACAAGCCCAUCGCACCGGAGCAUGCGCGGGCGCUCUUUGAGCGCCUGGGCAUGGACGCGCUCUUCUUUGCCUUCUACUUCCAACAGAGCACGUACAUGCAGUACCUGGCGGCCAGGGAGCUCAAGAAGCAGUUGUGGCGCUUCCACAAGGGCUACAACACCUGGUUCCAGCGCCACGUCACCCCGCCUGUGAUCACAGAGGAGUACGAGAGGGGAGGCUAUGUGUACUUUGACUUCCACCUGCACGCCCCGCACCCCUCCGACGCACAGCCUGGUGUCUCCACGGGCUGGUGUCAGCGUGUGAAGGACGACUUCAUGUUUGAGUACCAGCACCUGGAGGACGAGCUGGAUGCGUGA